AUGAAGAUCAGAAAUGCCGGUGCUGUCUUUAUUGCAGUAUUCCUGUUUAUACUUGAAGGAGUUACAGGAGCUCAAGAAUCCCCAACUUUCUCAGACCCUGGCUCAUGUCAGUGCAAUCCCAAGUGUGAUGGCAGAUUUUACAACACCUCAGAGGAGUGUUGUGUUGAUGACACCAUCCUGCCCUUUAAGAGGAUUAACCUCUGUGGCCCUAGAUGCUUCUACUGGCCCUGCUUUGAGCUCUGCUGUCCUGAGUCCUAUAGCCACAAGAAGAAAUUUAUUGUCAAGCUGAAAGUUCAGGGAGAGAGAUCCCAUUGCAAUUCAUCCCCUAUCUCCAGGGAAUGUGAAAGACUCCCCAAACCACAACCCGCCUCACUGAGCAGCAUCCCUGUGGCUAAGCUACAUUCUCACUGUGAGGCAAGAAGGCAGGAACCAAUGGGGAUCCAGUCGUGCAAAGGGAUUCCUGUUGUCUGCCGCUCUCCUCGCUCUGCAGCAGCCCAGUGCCGAGUUGUAGACAGAAUGAUCCAGAGCAGACACAGGGAUGAGAUAUGCACAUGGACCUUGAGGCCACGGCUCUCCUAG